CCCGGCCCGGCCCGGCGGGGCCGCGGCGGCGGACGGGGCAGGGCCGGGCCGGAGCCGCGCAGCGGCGGCAGCGCCAUGGGGCUGGAGACGGAGAAGGUGGACACCCGCAUCUUCAUGGACGACGACGACAACUUCCCGCGGAGCGGCGGCCCCGCGCUGCCGCAGGCGGAGAAGUGCCCGGAGGACGAGCUGGACCGCGACCCCCACGGGCUGAACUCCCACCUGCAGGUGGGGUUCGAGGACGUGAUCGCGGAGCCCGAGCUCACCCACUCCUUCGACAAGGUGUGGAUUUGCAGCCACGCUCUGUUUGAGCUCAGCAAGUACGUGAUCUACAAGGUCCUGACUCUGGUCCUCGCCAUACCCAUGGCCCUGGUUGUGGGGAUCGUCUUCGCGACGCUCAGCUGCCUCCACAUCUGGGUUGUGGUGCCUUUUGUGAAAACCUGUCUGAUGGUCCUGCCUUCGGUGCAAACUGUGUGGAAGAGCCUGACAGAUGUUUUUGUUGUACCGUUCUUUCAGAGCCUAGGCCGGUGCUUUGCCAUGGUUAAUAUACGCCUGGACCAAGAGUGAACAUCAGAGAUGUGACACUGCUGUAGGUGUAGCUGGUGUUAUACUUCUUUGCUAACCUAACAUACAAGUACUUACCAUUCAUUCCAAAAUGUUAAAUUACAAUGGCUGGUUUAAGUGGGAACAUGCUGUUUUCAUUAAAACUCAUUUAUUAUCAGGGAGAUCCAUUUAAGAAUUACUAGACAGUUUUCAUAGCUCUCUAUUUUAACAACAGAGUGAUCGUGGAGUAUAUUGGCAACACUUUAUUUUAAUGGUAGGUUGAUUGGUAGAUUACAGGAGAAUUCUCAUGGAGGAUUAAGAGCCACCAUAGUGAUAAUGAUUGGUGUUAUUACUAUAAAUAAAUUAAUGAAUAGGCUGUGAUACCUUAGACAAAACUGAUCUCUAGGGUUUCACACUGACUUUACUGCAGUUCCACCAGGGAUUGUUUCUGGCCUCGCUAUGGACAAUGAUAAACCCAGUCCUCUGUUAUCAGCAGUUAAAGUGAACGUGACUCAUUGCAUAAACAUACAGGGAAAGGAACUGUUGUGUAAUUCUCCUAUAUUGGGGGUGGGGGGAGCUCCUUAGAAGUUUAUCCCUUAAAAUAAGGUGUUAGCUAAUGAUCUGUAACAUUAGCUAAUCUGUAUAUUUUAUUUAAUGAGAGAUUAACUUUGCUGUAUAUUUUGUACCUUUGUAAAUGACAGUUGAUCAGGUUUUUAUGAAGCAUAGUUUCUCUAGUAUUUGAAUUCUAACCAAGUUAUUAAGCAGCAAGAGUGAGACACUGCAAAAAUUACUUUAGAUAACUAAAAUUUCCUUUCCUAAAUUAAGUAGAUUUGAGUGUUGCUGUGCAAUUCUAAUAUAUUAAAUAUACAUGAUUGUGUGUAAAAGCAAAGAUUAUAAGUGUUUUCAUACACAAUUAUGCAAAAGACUUGGAAAUAUCUGUUUAUGAGAAAUAUCUGUUUAUUAAAAAUUGAGUGUAAUAAAUGCUACCCUGCCUAUUUCUGUAUAUUAUUGGUGUGAACAUUCUGAUAUUUAAAGCAACAGACACUAUACAAGCACUUUAACUAGGUAGCAAGCUCUUAUAGAAGCCAAGUGAGUGUACUCAGUAUCUUUGUCUAAUUCUUCUAACCUACUGACUUGACUCCCUCUGUUGGCAUCUUUACUAUUUCAAAGCCUAACGCCUGAAAAAGACCCUUCUUUCUUCUGCAUUUAAUAUAAAUUUUUAAACCAGAAUAACAGAAUGUAUGCAGGGGUGCAUUAAAAUUACAUUAGCCUUCUGGUGGGCUUGUGCUGCUGUUUUUUUAAAUACAGAUGGUAAGUUGCAAUUGUAAAAUGUUUGUAUGAUUUAGAAUGUUACUUUCUAAAGUGAUGUCUCGAAUUUGUUAUCAAACAAGGUAUCUAAUAAAAUAAAAUGUCAGCUGCUUCCCA